AUGGAAUAUGUCGACGAACCCCCUUCGUUGAUGGAUUUCCUUACACGACCCGGACCCCGAUGUGAAAACAAGAAGAGCAGCCUGCGACUAUUAGGAUCGAUCAAACGGACAAAGCCGACUCGGAAAGCACCCGGGUUUGUCACCAGAAUAAGCGGGAAAGGGCGAGAAAGAAGUGCAUCGCAAACUAAGUCCAAGUCGCGAGACGCACUUCGAUUUCUUGCGUCUGCGCCAUCGCGGCUCCUGCAAGAGAAAGAUACGGAAACGAGGGAAGAUACACCAUGCAGGCUUGUUUUGUGCUUUAUGGUUGAGGCAGAUGCGACUGCCGCGAACUGUUCCGCACCGGUUGUAGGGGUUACUGAAGAUAGUGAUUCGACUCCCAUGGAAGCUGCUUGGAAAAUGAUCACGAAUCAGACGAAUUUCCCUGAAAUAUCGCUGAAUGUCACUCGAUGUGGGAAGCCAUUCAUAUUUGAAGAUCCGUUUUUAAUAGGACGAGAAUGUGUGUUUCAUCCUUUUGCGUUCUGCGUCAAGGACAAUACCAGAGAGAACAACAGAGCAGAAUGCGUCAAUCGGAUAGACAAAAGCCUUGUUAAUAUCUCAUAUAUUAACCAAGGACUCCGGAAUACCUUUUUCGACAGCGAAUUAGGUCCCGCAUCAGGGACAAUAUUAGCCACCGGACUACAGCAAUUACAGCAAGACCAUGAAAGUGGCGCGAGAAAAUUAGCCGCUGUUGCACUGAGCAUACUGCGGGCUACCCUGGAAAGCCUUGAGGAUUCUAUAAGUCUCGAUGGCCCGUGGUGGAGGAAGGCUUGUCUAGCAGCGUGGCAUCUCUGGAAGAAUGGUCGUCCAAGUAUGGAUGCGGCUAUUGUUAGCUUCCUGCUUUUAGCCUUGGGUGAGGUUUCGACGGCUCUGUCACGGGAGGAGAACGAAGGUAAAGUGUGCAAAAGGUUAUGCGUACAAAAUGCGCUUGAUAGCGUACAACAAAUGAUACGAUCCUACACGCCUCGUAUUAGCCAGAACCUGGCAUCAUAUUUGCUGUCCAAAAACGGGAGCAGCGAGAGCAAACGGAAUAUAUUUACUAUCCUAACUCUGUCAUCCAGCUCGACCAUCCGCGAAUGCAUCAUUCAAUCCGCCCUCGCCUCUGGAGCGCCACUCGUCAACAUCCACGUACUCGAAUCUCGUCCCCUAUUCGAGGGUGUAUCUAUGGCCGCAUCGAUUAUAUCCGGUUUCGAGGCCCUAUCUAUACCACGUCCGCAAGUCCGCGUCACUAUUUUUACGGACGCAUCCGUAGCCCAGGCUGCUAUGGGAGUGGACCUGUUUCUCCUUGGCGCGGAUCGGAUUGCAGCAGAUGGGUCCGUGAGUAAUAAGACGGGAUCGCUUCCAGCUGCUCUGAUGGUUCGACAUAUGGCACCGGCUGCGGAGACAAUUGUCGUUAGUGAAAUCCACAAAGUUGCUACGGAAUCGAGCAACGAGCAUAAUGUGGAGAACAAUGAGGCGUCAGAGGUGAUGAAUGCUUGGGAGCGGAAUGAUAAAACCAAAGGAUUGGAUGUCGUCCAGGGUCAUUUUGAGAGUGAUGGGUUUGGACAAGGUCGACCAACGGUGAAUGUGCAAAACGUGUAUUUUGAAUGGGUGCCUCCGAGCCUGAUUAACACAUAUAUCUGUGAAGAUGGGUCAAAGACACCGGAGGAUUUCCAAAGACAGGCGCAGUGGGUAUCGGAGCAGUGCGAGAUGUACUUUGGAAUUUGUUAA